UUCUUCCUCCUUCUUUUUCGGUCCGAUCAAAUGUCUGUUACUCCCUCGGCUUCCUCUCUUUCCGUCUUCUUUUUCUCCUUUGGAUUUGUCCUCUUCCUCAGCUCGAUUCCGCCCAACUCUGGCGAAUCUCUCACAUGCCUCUCUGUUUACAGGGAGGGCGGCGCGCCCGCCGUUUUUCAUUCGGCCAAGUGCCCGAGGUGGACGCUCCUCCCGCACAGCCAUCGCCUCCCGCAGUCCAAUUGCCAGGCAGCGGUGCACCAAGGCCGUCGCCGAUCUCAGGAGGACCGCGUCGUCUGCGCCCUCGGCAUGCGGAUCCCUUUCGCCGGUAGAAAAGGAAUUGAGGAGCUUGAUGUUGGACUAGUAGCUAUUUUUGAUGGACAUAACGGGGCCGAGGCAAGCGAUAUGGCUUCAAAGCUUUUGCUAGAAUACUUUAUCCUCCAUCUCUAUUUCCUUUUGGAUGGAAUAUAUUCAUCAGCUAUGAAGAGAUCUACUCAUAAAUUGAUAUAUGAAGAGAAUGGCUUGUCGUUUGAAAUUGUUAGGCCUUUGCAAAUGCAGAAAUGGCAGUACCAAUAUACAGAGAAAUCCAUCUGGAUAUCGACAAGAAUAUUUGAUCGGACUUUUCAUAAGGAGAUACUAAAGGAGUCUUUGUUGAGGACAAUCCAGGAUAUUGAUGCUACAUUUUCCAAGGAAGCUUUGCAGAAUAAUUUUGAGUCAGGGUCUACUGCUGCUGUUGUGCUUAUUGUAAAUGGCGAAAUUUUGGCUGUUAAUGUUGGUGACUCGAAAAUACUUAUGUGUACAGAAGACUCAGACCGUCAUAAUCGAAGAGGUAACUUGUCGAGGUUAAUGAGACGAAGAAAUGAAGGUGCUAUACUCCCUGUUGCUGAGCGCAGACUAUUGAAGUUGGCAAUAAAAAGUGAACCAGUUUAUUAUGUUAAAGAGCUUACUGUGGACCAUCAUGCUGAUAGAGAAGAUGAAAGAAGCCGAAUUGAAGCUGCAGGUGGGCACAUUGUUGAGUGGGCUGGUGUGGCUAGGGUGAAUGGUCAGUUGGCUGUAUCUCGGGCUAUAGGUGACAUUGGCUUUAAAAAAUAUGGCGUGGUCUCUACACCUGAGGUAACAGAUUGGCAACACAUAACAAUGAAUGACACUUAUCUGAUUGCUGCAUCUGAUGGAGUCUUUGAAAAGCUUACCAUGCAAGAAGUUUGUGAUCUGUUAUGGUAUGAGAAAGUAAAAGCUAAUGCACACUUGGAAUAUAUCAACAACAUGCCAUACUCUUUGGCUGAUCUUUUAGUUAAUACUGCUUUUGAAAGGGGAGCCAUCGACAACAUGGCUGCUGUAGUCAUUCCUCUAAAACCUAAUAGUAUACCUAGAAUUUAUGUGGAAAAUGAGUUUAAUGUAGAAGAAACCUCUGGUUCAUCAUCGCUGCAUUUGCUGAAAGAAUUAGAAAAUGAUGCAAGUGCUUCAGGUGUCAUAUCUAUUGAAUAUUCGAACCAGAUAUUAUCAAAGUUCAAUAGGUUUUUGGUUGAAACAGAACAGAGGAAACUUGGUUGUUUCUAUCUGUCAGAAAAUCUAAACGAGCACACAGAUUAUGUUUUUGAAUCACCAAAAGUAUUUCAAAAUCGUGGAGAUCAUGGCUCAUUAAUUGACUCAGAAGUACCAUUUCAUAGUGGAGGGCCAUUGAAACUUUAUAAUGACCAGAAACUAUGCUGGCACUUUGGGAUCCAUGAUGGAGACAGGGGCCAAUGCACUAGUCCUGAUGUGUUUGUCAAUUUUCUAGGUUUGCUUGACUCCAUCCCUUACAGUGAUAUCAGAACUGAAUCUUCAGAGUCAUUUGGAUACAAAUUACCUAAUUUUAGAUAUGUUUUAAAGAGAAGGUUUGAUCGUGGAUCUUAUGGUGAAGUUUGGUUGGCGUUUCACUGGAAUUGUUCCUUGGAUAAUGAUGCAUACAAAAGCAGCCACAAAAUGUUCUAUCAUUUUGCUAGCACUAUAGAAAUGGAGGAAUCUAAGUGUAGUAGCAAUGCAAACACUAAUUCAUCUAAUAAACGUUGCUUUUCUGAUCAGAAUGAUGACAAUCUGUUCAUUCUGAAAAGGAUAAUGGUGGAGAGAGGAAAUAAUGCUUAUUUGAGUGGACUGCGUGAAAAGUACUUUGGGGAACUGUUUCUAAAUGCUUCUAUGUCUCUUGUGGGUACUGUUGGAGAAUCACAGAUGACCUUAUAUCCUAUGCAAUCUGAUUCCUUUGGUUUUUGUCAAAACAAUAAUUCAUGUGCUGCUGCCAUGAAUGAUAUGUUCAAUGCGAAACCCAGAAAUUACAGAGUUAGCUAUGAAGAAGGUUUAAAUAAUAUAGCUAGAUAUAUAGAAUCAUUUGAGUCAGAAUCCAAGGAAUUAUGGCUUGUUUUUAAGAAUGAAGGGUUGUCUCUAUCGAAGUUAAUAUAUACAGCAGAAGAAACAAAAUUAUUCUCAACUGAGGAGACAGAUGGAAAAAUGAGGAAUGUGCAAGUAUUACGUCCUUCUUCGUGGUGGCAUUGGUUAAGGAUGACACAAGAUGGGCAAAUGGGAAUGAAAAAUCUCAUACGGCAAUUGUUACUGGCUCUGAAGGCGUGUCAUGAUCGUAAUAUUACUCAUAGAGAUAUUAAGCCUGAAAACAUGAUUGUAUGCUUUGAAGAUGUGGACACUGGAAAAUGCUCAAGGGAAAUUCCUAAUGGAGAUAACAGAAAUCGUCUAAAAAUGCGAAUUAUUGAUUUUGGCAGUGCUAUGGAUGAUUUCACCAUGAAGCAUCUAUAUGGAUCUGGGCCAACUAGGUCUGAACAGACCUUUGAGUAUACUCCACCAGAGGCUUUACUUAAUGCUAGCUGGUUUCAGGGGCCAAAAAGCGUGACACUAAAGUAUGAUAUGUGGAGUGUGGGAGUUGUGAUGCUAGAACUAGUUUUAGGAUCCCCUCAUGUGUUUGAGAUAAAUGACCGCACCCGUGCUCUGUUGGACCAGCAUCUUGAAGGUUGGAGUGACCAUACGAAGGAACUUGCUUACAAAUUGAGAUCGUACAUGGAGAUGUGCAUUUUAAUUCCUGGGAUAUCUCCAAAUCAUUAUCCAAAUGGUGGUAGAAAAGACCAUGUUGAUGUCUCGCCUGUUUCUUGGAAGUGUUCUGAAGAGUCUUUUUCUCUUCAAGUGAAAAGUAGAGAUCCCCUUAAAAUCGGAUUUCAAGAUGCCUGGGCAUUGCGAUUAGUACGUCAGUUGUUAGUAUGGCAUCCUGAGGAUCGCUUGAGUGUUGAUGAAGCCCUACGCCAUCCUUACUUUCAGACACAUCAUUAAACUAGCAAUUACAGUUGAUAUUCUGACACCUUGAUGAGGUUGUUUUCAUGCGCUCAGUGAUUGAACAGGAUGUAAUGAAAUGGUUCUGCCAAGAGUGACAAACACAUUUUCCUCCUUGGGAGAUGGAAAUGGCGAAGAGUCCAGAAUUUCAAGGCGAGUCUUCAGCCCUUGAUUUCUGUUAGUCACUGAACCCGAAUGUGAUUGUUCCACCCCAAUAGCACAAUACGGGGGUGUGUUGUUGUUACCUCAAACGUGGAAGGCUCUAGAGCCAGAAUGGGCAGUACACUGUUGAUCAUCACCAGAUGAUUUGCGUCGACAUCGCGUCGAUGUCGAUGUCGAUGCCAAUGCCAUUAUCGAGCCGAGCUGGGCGUUUGAGCUAGGUUGGGCAUUUGAAAAUGAUCAUGUUGAGAGGUAGAUUCAUGUGUUUUCUGUUCUCAGUUCUUGUCUUUGCUGUCGGAAAUUCAAAAUAGAUCUAAUUGAGCCUGGUUGAAACACCAAUAUUUGGUUGUUGUAUAUUCUUACUUUCAAAUUAUCGUAUCAAGUGAGCCCCCGGGUUUGUGUUUUCACAUCA